AUGGCUGGUCGGCAGAUAUUGAAGCUCACCAUCGGAAAGAAGGCGGCGCAGCCAUCACAAUCAUCGCAAGCAGCGCCGCAACCGUCCCAGAAAUCCCCUACUCCUCCGCCUCCCUCAGCUUCCUCGACUCCAGCUGCAGCGCCAAAGCUGAAACUGAAGCUCGGUCUUAAGCAGCCAGCACCACAGCCCGAACAGAAACAAACGCCAGCGAAGGCCAAGAAAGCAGCUUCCACAAAGACUCCAAAAGAAACACCGGCAAGCAGUUCCUCUAAGAAGAGAUCGCGGGAUGCAGCCGCGGAUACGAAUGGAAAGGCCUCAGGAGCUGCAGCACCUGCUGAAGGAGCCCCUAUUAAACGAUUCAAGCUCACCGCAAAGCCCAAACAACCUACCUCCCUGCGAAUCAAAAAUAAAGGCGCACCUCCCGUAAGACCAAGAGGCUCGGGAUAUGAUUCAGAAGCUUCUGAUACCGAGAUAGACCCUGCUCUGGAAGAAGAGUUCAUUUUACGAAUGGAGCCUGGAGAUGAUUGUGAAUAUCUGCGAAAAGCUAUCGAGGAAAAGCGGUUUGGGCCUCGAUCAUUGGGUGGUGCGGAUGUUAGCUUCAAGUCGCUUACCCGUGAUGGAAGAAGAGCUACCGUUACGAUACGAGGAAAUAUUUAUGCUGCUACGUUGGUUGACCUGCCAGCUAUAAUAGAGGGACUGAAAAGCUGGGAUAAAAGAGGCUGGUACAAAGCUGCAGAUAUAUGUCAGAUGCUGUUGGUCCUUGGGAAGGUCAAGACGGAAGAAGAAGCCCACCAUUACCCUUUGCCUAAGGACGUUGACCCUGCGACAUUUCAAUAUGCACAUGGUCUGACACCUCCCUUGCGGUGGGUGAGAAAGCGACGCUUCCGCAAACGCAUCAGCAAUCGUACUAUUGAGGCAGUGGAGCUCGAAGUUGCCAGGCUAUUGAAAGAAGAUAUGGCUGCCAUCAAACCACCUGAUUUCGAGAUCAUGGACCAGAGCCAGUACGCACGUGAAAAUCAAACAGAGCAAGAUGGUUUCGAGGAGUAUGAUGACGAGCAGGAUGCAGAAGGAGAAUUCUUCGACGAAAGUCAGCAAUACGAGGAACAGCAGUAUGAAGAACCCAUGGAAAUGGAUGACGACCUUGCUGCAGAGAUGGAAGCAGAGCUUGCGGCCCACGCCGACGCCGGGUCAGUGCCAGCUUCUGCAACACCAGACGUCAGCCACACCGGCGAAGAUAGCCACGAACCUGACGCUGAGGGUGAGCUGGAGAUAGGCACUCCGCAAACUCCUCACACCCCACUGCACCCGCCAGUAGAAUCUUCAGGGGACGAAGAUGAGAGUGGAAUGUCUGCCGCUGAAGAUGCCAAUGAGGAUUUGGAUCAAGAUGCUCUUGAGCAGCAGCGUCAACUGCAAGAGCAGCUUGAGGAGAUUGCCGAGCUCGAGGCCGACGUGCAGGCAGAGACUCGCCGGUGGGAGGAAAUGAACAAUCCGAUCUUGAAGGCGAAACUUGGCAAACGUGUACAGAAUUUGAAACAGGCUUUGGAGCUGAAGAAGGUCUCUAUCGGUGGCAGGGGGUGA